AGAGCGCCCUCUGGUGGGGGACUCAGACACGACGGGGUUUGCAGGAUGACAGGUGACCCUGUACCUGCCUGGAUCCAUUGUGGGCGGGGAUAUUUACAGUGCAGCUGUUAAACAUGAACAAGAUGCUGGCGGUGGUUCUUUAUAGCCUAAAAGGCCUAAUUGGUAGCCGCACUAACCUUUUAGUAGGUACCAGCUGAACUUUGGUGUGUAUGUAGUUUGUCACAAAUAAUCUAAAAAUUCCGAGGAGGGAGACGACUUUGAACACGACCGUAGCUGCUGUUAAUUUACUAGACCUGGCGUGCUAUUAGCUUACUAGCAAGUAAUGCAAACAUUAGCAAGCAAGGCAGAGUGCUAGCAGAGAAUCCACAUUUUGAUGAUUAGCCAAGUUCGACACCAACAUUUCAGGUACAGUAUAGGCAAUGCGACAUCUUUCCUCUGGGAUGCUGCUACUGGGCUCCUUGUGGUGUGUUGUGUUCCUGUGGCCCUGUGACUCUGAGGCUACUACUAGAGACUACUAUGAGGUGCUGGGUGUUCCACAGUCUGCCACUGACAGGCAGGUCAAGAAGGCCUUCCAUAAACUGGCCAUGACAUACCAUCCAGACAGGAACAAAAGUCCCAAUGCAGAGAAGAUUUUCAGGGAGAUAGCUGAAGCAUACGAGGUGCUCUCAAACGAGGAGAAACGGAUGCGGUAUGACCAGAUGGGUCAUGAGGCUUUCCAGACUGAGGAGGAGGAUGGGGGUAAAGGGGACUGGGCCGGGGAUGGAGGGGGCCAGGGCUCCUUGUACUUUAACCUGGAGGAGCUGUUCCAGGGCCUGAAUAUGGACGAGGACCCCAUUCUGGAGGAUGUGGGGGACUCCUGGAGCUUCCAGUUAGGGGGAGAGGAUGAGGAUGACCUCCAUGAGUAUCAGGCCUUCCUGGGUAGCAGCUUCUUUGACCUCUCGGGGGAUCUCUUCAGCCAGAUGGGGCUGGGGGACCAUGAGGAGGGGUUUGGGGAGCAAGAGGGACCACAGUUCUGCUGGAAGAAAACACACACAGACAGCAGUGCUGAGGAAGUGUGUGAGAGGGCAUGAUAUAUCUAUGUUUUCAUGGGCUCAUAUAAUGUUUGCAGUCAGAUGGGUCGAAUGUGCAAUAAAGUCACAGUGCCCUUACAUUGA